GCCAUGCAAAAAAACACAGAUCAUACCAGAAACAAAAGCAAAAAAUAACCAACAUAACCGAUCGAUCAUGGAUGGGGACAGGACAAAGAGCAAGGAUGGAGGAGGAGAGGUCAAGUAUAGAGGUGUCCGGAAGAGGCCAUGGGGUAAAUUCGCGGCGGAGAUACGAGAUUCAACCAGGCACGGAGCGAGGGUGUGGCUGGGGACGUUUAACACGGCGGAGGAGGCAGCAAGAGCAUAUGACAGAGCAGCUUAUGCAAUGAGAGGGCACUUGGCCACUCUCAAUUUUUCCAACGAGUAUCCCAAUAUGGCCGGCCGUGCAAGUGUUGGUUCCAGUGGUUCCACUCCUUAUUUCUCUUCUGGUUAUUCAGGUCCUUCUUCCUCUUCACCAUCAAUGCUGCGAGAAGUUUUUGAGUUCGAAUGCUUGGAUGAUAAGUUGCUUGAGGAGAUGCUUGAGCAAGAAGAGAAAAAGAGUAAGAAAAAUUAAAAAUGUGAUGCUGACAUAUGUAUGUAUUUUAUCUGGCAUGAGCAGUCUCUUUAGUACUGCAUUUCUCUCUGUUCCCUGAUAGAAUCAGAAAAUAAAAUGUUGCCUGUGACUUGCUAAUUAUGAAGUUAUGUUCAAUA